AUGCACAUUCUCUCGGAGCCCGUGGUAUCGGGCAUCUUCCGGAGCUUGACACAAAAGCAAUGUCACCAAUUCCUCGAUGUGCUUGGGAAAGGGCUCAUCGCCUACUCCGCUGAGUCCAAGCCCGGGGUGCUAGACUCCCAGAAGCUCAUCCACCAGCCUCUCCGAACAGUCUUCACCACAAAAGAUGAUAACUCCUGCAUCUUCAUGCCCGUCUCCGACACCUCCAGCAGCGCCGUCAAAGUAGUCACCGUCUCGCAAGCCGGCAUCCAAGGCACAAUCAACAUCUUCUCCCCAGACGGCCGCCUGAGAGGCCUUCUCGCCGCAGCAGAGGUAACCGCCUUUCGCACCGCCCUCGCCUCAAUGACCCUCUUCGCGCGCUGCGCCUCUCUCCGCAAGGCGAACAUCGUAGUCAUGGGCUCCGGCCGCCAAGCUGAAUGGCACGCCCGGCUUGCCCUCCUGCUAUACCCGGACCAAAUCCAGCGUCUUACAUUCAUCAAUCGCGGCCGCAAGCGCCUCGAUGAGAUGGAGGCGGGUGUUUUUGCCGACCUGCGGCAGCGAUAUCCGCAGCUGAACCUGACGAGCUUCGCGAAAGAGGGCUCGGCGGAUUAUGAGCAGAGGCUUCGGCAGGACCUGGGAGACAGCGAUGUUAUUUUCAGUUGUACGCCGUCCGUGGAGCCGAACUUUGGGUUUGAGGUUCUGCAGGCGAGGCCGAAGCAGCGCUUUAUCUCGCUGAUUGGGUCGUAUAAGCCGCAUAUGCAUGAGAUUGAUACGGAGACGCUGCUUUCGGGUGGAGGGAAGGUGUAUGUGGAUAGUAAGGCUGCGUGUUUGGAGGAGGCAGGGGAACUAAUUACGGCGAAGUUGACAGAGGGUGAUUUGAUUGAAAUGGGUGAUUUACUGGGCUCGAUGGGUUCGGAUGAGCCUAUUCAGAUUCCCGAUGGGCAGAAUGUGAUUUAUAAGUGUGUAGGGAUGGGUCUGAUGGAUCUGGUUGUGGGGAAGACCUUGCUUGAUAUUGGAGAGGAGCAAAACGUUGGAACGCACGUUGAUGGGUUUUAA